UUGUGACCAAUUAUAUAAUUAUUUGUAUUUAAUAUUUCUUCCCAGAAACCAGGCCUAAAUUUAUGUUUUUCUGCAGAGCUUAUAAAUUAUAAACAGCUAUUCCUUCUUCUCUCAUGAGUCGGACUCCAGGAACAGAAACAAGAGCAUGAACUGACCAGAAAUAGAAGAGAGAGAGAGAGAGAGAGAGAGAGAGAACUGCAUUCAAGUUCACAGAUUUGAUUCUCUCUGUUUUCAGAAUUCAAGGAGCAGAUAAAAGGGAAAUUUAACAUUGUACUUCUGCAAACAAGUAAUCUGUGAGAGAUGCCGGAGAAGGGACUGGGCUGGCCACCAUCGCAGCCGUGGACGGCGAGUCCGAGGUUGGGUCCUUUGCUUCAAUGGCGAGUUGGGUUGUUAACGGCGGCGGUCCUCGUCGGAAUGGUGGUGGUUUGGAGCGUCGAUGCCGGAACUAUGCAGAACUUCGUCGACGCUACAAGGACCCGCCAAGCUUACCUCACCACAAAGGUUAGUGCUUUAGCUAAUCUCGCCCAAACCCAUCAAAAUAUCGACGUCAAAUCGUUCGACAUUGCGGUUAUUCAGAACCAGAACCAGACCACUCCAACCCAGAGCCAAACCAACAUGACCCAGAACCAAAUCAACCAGACCAAUCCGACCCAGAGCCAAAUCAACCAGACCAAUAUGACCCAGAACCAAAUCAGUGCGACCCAGUUCAAAACCCACUUGGAUUCUCAGAACCCAGUUAAUUUUUCCCAAUCUGGACCAGUUUCUGCCCAGAAUUCAACUGGGGUUUCUCUGAAAUCCGGAACUUCGAGUUGGGUUGUAGCUGAAUUGGAACCUAACUUCACGAAGAGUCUUCUGGCUAGGUGGCUAGCUCCGGGAGGAGAGCCCUGUAAAGUUUCGAGAACAGUAGAAAUUGCUAUCCCUGAUUUGGACGGGAAGGAUCUGAUCGAACUAUCGGCUGGUGAAAUCUAUGAGUUCCAGUUUCUGGCAUUGGGGGAGGAUAAGAGCCCUAGAUGUUUGGGUGGGGAUUACUUCGAAACCGAUCUUUCUGGGGAGUCAUGGAAAUCUAGGCCUCUGGUGACAGAUUUUGGCAAUGGUUCUUAUUCUGUUAAGCUUCAAGUUCAUCAGGAUUUUGUGGGGUUGUACAAUUUUACUGUCAUUCUACUUUUUAGGCAUUUUGAGGGUCUUAGAUUUUCACCAGCUAGGUUUUCUUAUGAUCAAGAGCUGCGAAAGAUUCCGAUCAGGUUUGUAAAGGGCACGGCGAAGUUGCCUGAGCUGCGUACUUGCGAAGAGUCCGAUUUUGGGAGAGAGAUUUGGGCAGGAAGGUGGACUAGGCAUGGGAAGAAUGAUGGUUGUGAAAUUAGUAAUGACGGUCGGUAUCGUUGCCUAGCCCGGGAUUUUCCUUGCCAAAGUCCAUGGUGCAAUGGCUCUUUGGGGGUGUUGGAGAGUAAUGGUUGGGUUUACUCCGCACAUUGUUCGUUUAGAUUGUUUUCGGCUAAUGAUGCUUGGAAUUGCUUGAGCAACCGGUGGAUUUUCUUUUGGGGCGACUCCAAUCACGUAGACUCAAUACGCAACACUCUCAACUUUAUAUUGGAUCGGCCUGAUAUACCUUCAGUUCCUAGACGGUUUGAUAGGAACUUUUCAAAUCCAAAAGACCCUUCUCAGACCGUUCGAAUUACAAGCAUCUUCAAUGGUCAUUGGAACGAAACGCAAAACUACCAAGGGUUGAAUUCUUUGAAAGAUGAAGGGUUUAGGAACUUGUUAAAGAAAUACUUCUCAGAAGAGACAGUUCCAGACACUAUAAUCAUGAACUCUGGAUUACACGACGGUUAUUACUGGCGCAACAUAAGAUCAUUCUCUAUUGGUGCAAGCCAUGCAGCAACAUUUUGGGCGGAAAUCAUGGAGUCGAUAAGGCAGAGAGGUUUGACGGUGCCAAAAGUCUUUUACCGGACAACAAUAGCCACUGGUGGGUACGCAAGAACUCUGGGAUUUAACCCGAGUAAAAUGGAGGCAUUUAAUUCAGUAUUGUUAGAUAAGUUGAAGGAAGCCGGGCUCCUCUCUGGUGUAAUUGACAAUUUCGACAUGACCUUCCCGUGGCAUUAUGAUAAUCGGUGCAACGAUGGGGUGCACUAUGGCCGAGCUCCCUUGAAGAUGAAGUGGAGAGAUGGCGAAAUUGGGCACUAUUAUUUUGUCGACCUUAUGUUGGAUCAUAUACUGCUGAAUGCACUCUGUGCAGGAAGGCAAGCUUCUACAAACAUGUGAAGCAAAUUAAAAACCUUGCGUCGAUUUAAGAACACGAGAAUCCGAAAUGCAGGCUCUUCCCGGAAUGCCAGAAUGCAGUUUUUCUGGUGCUUGAAGGCAAAGUAUGAGGGUGAUGCAUUCAUUGUUUUGAUCCAUAUUGUUCAUUAGUUUGAGCUUUCGGCAUUCUUUAUUUGUUUUGUUUAUAUGUAGGCACAUAUCGUCUCAGACCACUUUUGUACAUCAUUACAGAAUCUUGUAUUUCAAGUAAUUACGAUUAAGCCUCCUAA